AGCUAGAACCACGCCCGCGGAACACGGACCGUCCUCUAACCGGAAUGUCUCUCUCCUAAAUCCGUGCCAACCGCGAGCCGUACAGACACAGUGACGUCAGCUCCGAGACACUGAACCGAACACAUCAAGCCCACUGGCUCCGCUGCUGCGAGACGGGUAGCAUCGGUCAUAUUAAGCGUCACAUCUUUGAAUUUCUUCUGCGAUCUCUCACAAUCGUUCUCGCUUCCGAACAAACUCUCUGCGUGCGACUACUGCAAGCAUGUCCGCCAAUUCGAGCGAGGGGCCCGGUUUGGAUGGGAAAUGGUUCGAGGAGGAGGAGGAGAAGAACGGGAUGUUUGGGAGCGCAGGGCCCCGUUUCGACGAGAUGCGGGACGAUCUGCACGCGCCCAAGCAACAAUUCCAUCCCUUUGAAGGAAGUGGCGUUUCCAUGGAAACUGCAUCUACAGAUGACUCUCUGUCUGACAUGUUUAUGAAGUCAUCAUCAGGAGAGGGUGAUCUGUACACCUCUCUCCUUUCCUCAAAGUCCUCUAAUCCUUUUAAUGAUGGUGCAUCUCUCUUCUCCACUGAGGGCAACCGUUCCCCACCUGCUCCUACCGGGACCGACUCCGGCAUCGGCAUGACCCCAGGUGACCCCUCAGACCAUCAGACGACCCUGCAGGGCUCACACAAAACUGACCAUUACAGCUACAUGGACAUGGGGGAUGACCUUUGUGAUUUUGGUAGUGUGGGCAAUGCCAAAAACAAGCAGCAGCCUUUCAUGUCUGGCUAUGGAGAUGACGAAGAUGAUGAUGAAGAAGACGAAGAUGACAUUCAGGAUUUCAAGCCUAAGAUUCAUGAAAAGGAAAAUAAAGAAUCCAGCCACGACCCCUUCGAUCUGGGUCGCUAUUUGGAGAAGAGCCCCCUUCGAUCUGAAGAUACAGAGAUGAAGAGACAGGGUUCGGCCGGUGGGCAGCACACAUUCCCAUACGUGGAGGAUCCUUCAGAUGAAGAGAUGGCAGAUUACCGAUCUUACCGUAGGAUGGAAACGCCACAGAGUGCUAGUCCUGUAAAGAUCACUGUUACGACAGAGUCUCAGCCGGUGAGAGUGUCUCCACAAGGGGGCAUGUUCGAGAGAGAGAGUGUGCUCAGUUUCGGUCAGCAGGGUCUUCCCACGGUAACACUGUCAGAACCGGAGGAUGACAGUGCAGCCUCCUCAGCUAACCACUCCCCUAACCACUCCCCUACAGGUCGAGAGUCUCCGUCUGAUGUGCUGUUCCAGCCUGCAGGAAUGAAGUCUGUGAGCUCCACCCAAGAUUCCAGCAGCAUCAGCUCUCACCCCAAGCUUCCUGAAGCCCAGGACAUCAAGAGCUCAGCCAAACCCUCGUCCCCAUGGGCUCAAGACCUUCAAGGCAGUGAAGAUGAGUCUGGAGAUUCAGAAAUUGAGCAAGUGGCUGACGAACCUGAUUCGCCAAUACAUGAUCUGACAUCUAAGACCACGCCCGCAAAAGGCGGAUUCAGUCAAGCAAGCAACCCGUUUGAGCAGACCAGCUACACAUCUGCCACUGAUAAAGCUAGUAACCCACAAACCAACAAGGUCAGUGUUAGUAACCCAUUUGACCUCUCUGGGGGUUCCAAGGGGGGCUUUGGUCAAUCCAGCAACCCACCACUCUACAGUCUGUUAAGAGAGGAAAGGGAGGCGGAGCUCGACAGCGACCUGCUAAUCGAAUCAGCUUCUGAGGAAAGUCCCAAGAGGGAGCAAGAAUAUUCUGCCCCAAAACCUCCAGAAAUAUCUUCUCCCCUGACCACAGACGUCACGUCUUCUAAGCCCAUUACGACUUCCUGCGCUAUGGCCUCUCCCUUCACCGACCCCCCAGCUAGCACCUUGAGAGAAACAGAGAAAGAAAAAGAGAAGGAAAAAGAGAAAGUCGUACCUUUUGAGAGGCCCAAGCCACAACCAGAGGACAGCUGGUCCACCAAACCCAGGCCUGCGGUAAUGGGAACGUCUACAGUGACUCCAGAGCAGCAUUCCAGUCAGGAGAAGGAGAAUAAAAGCAAAAGCAGUAUCGUGAGUUUCACCACAGAGAAAGAGGCUGAUCUGUCCCUGUUCCUCCAAAGCAUCAACAGACAGAAAGUCAUGGGUGGUUCAGUGGUAGAUCUGUUACAUUGGCGGAAUGUGAAGCAGUCCGGGCUGGUGUUCGGCAGCCUGUUGCUGCUGCUGUUCUCUUUAACCCAGUUCAGCGUGGUGAGUGUCAUAGCAUAUCUCGCUCUGGCUGUCCUCUCCGCCACCAUCAGUUUCCGAGUCUACAAAUCAGUCCUGCAGGCAGUGCAAAAAACCGAUGAGGGCCACCCCUUAAAGGCUUAUCUGGAGGUGGAGAUCGCUCUGUCUGCAGAUCAGAUCAGUAAGUAUGUGGAUAAGACCCAGCUGUACAUCAACUUCACCAUGAAGGAGCUUCGCAGGCUGUUCCUGGUUCAGGAUCUGGUCGAUUCCAUAAAGUUUGCAGUGUUGAUGUGGUUGUUGACCUAUGUUGGAGCUCUGUUUAAUGGCCUGACCCUGUUGAUUCUGGCGGUGGUUUCCAUGUUUACCAUGCCACUGGUUUACGAGAAGUACCAGACACAGAUUGAUCAGUACUUAGGACUGGUGCGCACCCAGGUUAACGCGAUAAUGGGAAAGAUUAGAGAAAAGGUUCCUGGGGCUAAAAAGAAGGAAUAAACUCUUUGCUUCUGUAUAAGUAAACACUAUAGCCAGUAAAAUCUACAACUUUGCCAGCACUGAAGGAUCCCAACUACACAGGAGGCCAAAGUCACCUCAAAGAAUAAUAAAAAGAAAAC